CAGCCCACAGGACCCGCCCUGAGUGCCCGGGACCCCAGGUCCCUCAUGUCCUGGGGACCCCUACCUCCGGCAUCCCCUGGGAUUGCCCGGGUCCGCGGCCACCUGUGGACUGGACCACCUUUCAGUCCUGGGAAGCCCCCCAAACCCUCCAGUUUUCCCCCAGACUCAGUACACAGAGGACCUCUGCGUCUUCAAGGCCUGAGACCCUGUCACCUUGUGCUCCAGAAGCCCAACAGAAUCCCCUCUGGUCCCGCUCCUAAACCUCGGGUCUCCCCAGCCGGUGGACUCCAACCUUUCUUGGGUGGAGGCCUUCAGAGCCACCUCUCCCCACCGUCCUUCCUUCCUGGGAUCUCCUGCCUCCUGCUUUCUGACUUGAGGUUCACGGAGCCGUGCAGCUUCUACUAGAGUGUUCUUGAGGAUUCACAGAUGGAGUCAGUGGAAAAGACAACGAACAGAAGUGAACAGAAAUCAAGGAAGUUUUUAAAGAGCCUCAUCAGGAAGCAACCCCAGGACCUGCUCCUGGUCAUCGGGACUGGCGUGAGUGCAGCAGUGGCCCCAGGCAUCCGCGCACUCUGCUCUUGGAGGAGCUGCAUCGAGGCAGUCAUCGAGGCUGCGGAGCAGCUGGAGGUCCUGCACCCCGGGGACGUUGCCGAGUUCCGGAGGAAGGUGAUGAAGGACCGGGACCUGCUGGUUGUGGCCCAUGAUCUGAUCCGGAAAAUGUCACCUCGCACAGGAGACACCAAGCCUAACUUCUUCCAGGAUUGCCUAAUGGAGGUUUUUGACAGCUUGGAACAGCACAUCCAGAACCCCGUGGUGCUGCAGUCCAUCCUCGGCCUAAUGGACAGGGGCACCAUGGUGCUGACUACCAACUAUGACAACUUGCUGGAGAUCUUCGGGCAGCAGCAGAGCAAGCCCAUGGAGUCCCUGGACUUGAAGGACAAGACAAAGGUCCUUCAGUGGGCAAGAGGCCACAUCAAGUAUGGAGUUCUUCAUAUUCAUGGCUUGUACACAGACCCCUGUGGGAUGGUACUGGACCCAUCGGGCUAUAAAGAUGUCACUCAAGAUCCAGAAGUAAUGGAAGUCCUGCAAAACUUGUACCGAACCAAGUCCUUCCUCUUUGUGGGCUGUGGAGAGACCCUGCGCGACCAGAUAUUCCAAGCCCUCUUCUUGUACUCAGUGCCAAACAAGGUGGACUUAGAGCACUACAUGGUAGUACUCAAGGAGAACGAAGACCACUUCUUUAAGCAUCAAGCAGACAUGCUUCUGCAUGGAAUCAAAGUGGUGUCCUAUGGGGACUGUUUUGACCUUUUCCCAGGCUAUGUGCAAGACCUAGCCACUCAGAUCUGCAAACAGCGAAGUCCAGAUGCUGAGCGAGUGGACAGCACCACCUUACUGGGUAAUGCAUGUCAGGAUUGUGCGAAGAGGAAGUUGGAAGAAAAUGGAAUUGAAAUUACAAAAAAAGUCCGACGGUCAGACACUGCUCCAGCUCUUAACACUGCCAAUGUGAAGCACCUAGACACAGGAUAAAAAGGAAGCAAAGCCUCUACUCUGGAUUCUAAAAGAUGAUGCUGGAGGGUCUUGAAGAUUUUAAAACUUGAACCUUGAAAACCAGCCUUCUGUAACCACAGUGCCAUGCCCAAGUGAUGAGGAAUGUACAGAGGACUCCAUAUGGAUCUCUACUGUAGAGAACUGUUACACACCCCAGAAGAGCCAUGUGGGUGUGUGGCCUUCGUGGUUGAAUGGCAGAGCUCCACUAUGUGCUUAGCUGCUCAGGAGGUGACAUGGACACACUUCAGGUAUACUCUGUAAGGACUAAUGGACAGCUACCUCAGGGACCAAAUUGGGAGGUGGGAGGUAGGAUGUACCUGGCAUUGUUCCCUUUUCCCAUUUGACAUGUUUUCUUAUGUCAGGGUGUUAUUUUUCCUGAUACAUGGAGGAGAGUGAAGAUUGUCCAAGCAACAGUAGUUGCCAAAGAGAAAAUAAGACAUAAACAUUUAUAUUUUAUACCUUUAUGUAGAAACAUCUUUUACAGUAGAAAGUUUUUUAAAGAUGUGUUGGUUUCAUUGUUAAAUAGUAAAGAAUGAGUGGAUAGUAGAGGCAUUGAACCCACUAGUGAAAAUGGUUGUUUUUAAAGGGAUAACUAGAUCAGUUGGGUUUUUUUGGAAUUGUGACAUUUCAGUAAUUUCUGUUCCAAAGAAAUGGUAGACUGCCUGGUAGGAAGUGUUAAGUCCAGAGUCCGAAGACCUCUUUCAAAGUCUUUAGUGCUGUCUAGAUCCACUUUGUGACUUAGAAGUUUGAAAGUCAAAGGGAAGCACAAGACCAAGCUUUACACUUUCAGAUCUUAAGUUCUAAGCUUUCCAAGUCUUAUUUCUCUAGGAUAAGGCCCAUCUUUUCUGUUCUCCUCUCUUCCCAUGGUUCAUAUUAAGAUUUACACUGAGUGCGGUAGGCAAUUCUUUGAAAGGGCUUGCCACAUUUGAACUACAUUCAAGGUUUACUUCUGGGAAACACCCAUGCUCAGAGCACUGCACAUGGCGAGUUCCUUUGAGAGGGACUAUGGCAAAGGCUCACGUUAUGCAGUGGUCCUGAAAGGAAGACUUCUUAGAAAAAGGUCUGCAUGGCUCAUUUGAGGCUACUCAUCUUUGAUAUGUCAAGCCCUAAUAUCUUGCCGAGCCCUGCCUAUGACAUUGCAUGGAUGGCACUGUAGCUCCCAAGGGAACAGGGAUAAUUAAGAACAGGAAACAUAGGUUGAGACAGGGAAUGAGGGAGAAGCCAGAAAAGGCUAAAGACCUACCCCUCCCUUUUUAAGUGUGGAAAAUAAAUCUUUUAUGUCACUGGUUAUGAAUAAAAUUUUAAAGUCAA